CGCACCGCCUUCACUCCUGCAGCUUCGCGCCAUUCAGUGAUAAACAAACCUUGCCGGUGCCUCCUUGUCAGAAAUGCCGCGAGUUUGAUUUCCCGCCUGACUACGAAGAUCCGACUUCAUGCAUUUUCUCCAAAAUCAUCAGUACAGAGGACUGCUGCACAAGUGAGCACCUAUCACCUAAUGAGAUGUCAGCCAUCGCCGCACGAAGAACGGCGGUUUUAUCAUAUAUUAGAAAAUGACUGAAGGUGUACUGCUUCUGCAUGAGAAACCGAUGUGCGUACGUUUAUGGCUAGAGGUGGGCCACGAUUGUGAACCAAGACAUUCGCCAUUUGGCCGGGCUCUGGCACUCGACUGGCGGCUUUGGGUCCGCGGGACCAGCGGGUGCGACAUCAGCACAUUUGUCCACAAAGUAGUCUUUUACCUUCGUCCUGCUAGCGCAUUCGUGUAUCCUAAAAGAGUUUGUCAAGAGCCGCCGUACGAAAUCCAAGAAUCCGGUUGCGCCUCCGUCGACGUGCCCAUACAUGUGCACCUCAAAUUCAAUAACGAGCCAAAGAAAAUACGCCUGCGGUACAGUCUGGUCAUAGAGAGUAACACUAAGAGAAGUUCGGAAUCAAGGUGCAUAUACUACGACUUUGAGAAUCCCUCAGAGCAACUGUGGAAGGCCCUCAUGAAAGGCGGCGGGGAAAUUAUCGCCCGAGCCGGCAACGUGUCCAGCGGCAGCAAACUCGUGGUUCUCUCUGACAGCGGCGACGACAAGUUGCAUGGGAGGAUGAAGAAGAGGAAAUACAAAUUCAUUGAGUCUAUGCGCUGCAAACACGGAUCAAAAAGGAGGGCUAAACCGUACACAUUCGAUGAGUUAUGCACAAAAUGUGAAGAUUUUGCACACGUGGAUUUGAAAAAACAGCUGCAUGCGGUCUCUAUGAAAGAGGAGGAGAUAACUCGUCUUUCGGAGCUGUACUUUUCCUAUAGAGAAUAUGAGAGGUCAGUGGAUGCCCUCACGUUGCCACCGUUGUCGGAUUCCAUAUACAGAUUGCCAGAUACACCCCUCUCUCUACGCGAGGCUCUGAAAAGCGUUCGGCUCGAGGACGCGGUGUAGUGCAAGUGUGUUUGGAUAAUAUUAAAAACAAUGUUUAAGUUGUGUAAUUUAAAAAGUUAAAAUGUUGUGAUAUUCAACAGUGCCAUGAGCAACUUACAGCCAUUAUUAAUACGUUUGUUAUAUGUUUAUUGACACCGUUUAAAACGGCUUCAUUAGUUAAUUUCAAAGACCUAUUUACUUUCGUUAGUAAUUUAUUUCUUAGUUUAAAUAAAUACAAGUGCUGUGAGCAAGAUCUCAAAAUAUUUUUAGAAUACUUUACGAAUUGAUAUGAAUUACACUGUAGGUAGGUGCGUCUUAUAGUUUUUGUUUAUUAUAAAGUUAAUGGGUACAGGAAACAUUUGAAGCAGGACCAGAUUUCAAAUUUAAAUUUUUACAAUUUUACUAAAC